GAAGGACCUAUUUCCACAGCCUCCGCUGAGGUCGACGGCCGGCAGGGAGAUAAGGGGCUGAUAGAGGCAAACGUUCCCGCCCGGAGCCGAGUUCCCCGCUGCUCUCGGGGGCCACCUCGUUUUUCUUCCCCCACUGGCCGCGACUCGGAGGGUUCCGUUCCGCGGCGGGGGCGCGGCCGGGGACUGGGCUGUGAGUCUGCUGCGGCAGGCGGGUCGUGUAGAGUUCGCGGCCGGCCCCGAGGCCGUCUCACGACAGCCCGAAGACAAAAAAGGCUCGGCGGGGGCAUCGUCGCCCCACGCCCGGAACCCAGUUCCCCACUUCUCCCGCGGGGCCGCGAGAGACUCGCGAGCGUCGGAAGCGCUACGGACCUGGUCAAGGCGGGGCAGCCGUAGCGCCAGCCCCUUUCUCCUCCUCCGCGCCUUUCAGCAGUAAGAAACUCUAGUUGGCUUGCUUUCCAAUCGUAGUUUGGUUCUAUCGUUUAAAAAAGUCCCUACCUCGUAACGCCGGGCUCCAUCUCGAGAACUGACCGAGGCUGUGAGUGCUUGGGAACCGGGCCCGCUCGGCGGCCGCAGCCCAGGCGUCCCACCGCCUUGUAGCAGGUCGGACGCCGAGGCCCCGGAGCAACGCGGAGAUGAGGAGCAGGAGCAAUUCCGGGGUCCGCUUAGACGGAUACGCGCGGCUGGUGCAGCAGACAAUCCUGUGUUACCAGAAUCCCGUCACGGGGCUGCUGUCAGCCAGUCACGAGCAGAAGGACGCCUGGGUGCGGGAUAACAUCUACAGCAUCCUGGCUGUGUGGGGCCUGGGCAUGGCCUACCGCAAGAAUGCUGACCGCGAUGAGGACAAAGCCAAGGCCUACGAGUUGGAGCAGAACGUGGUGAAACUGAUGCGGGGUCUUCUCCAGUGCAUGAUGAGACAGGUGAAUAAAGUGGAGAGGUUCAAGCACACUCAGAGUACCAAGGACAGCCUGCAUGCCAAGUACGACACCGCCACCUGCAGCACCGUCGUGGGCGACGACCAGUGGGGCCACCUCCAGGUGGAUGCCACCUCCCUCUUUCUCCUGUUUCUGGCCCAGAUGACUGCCUCCGGCUUACGUAUUAUUUUCACUCUUGACGAGGUGGCCUUCAUACAGAAUCUUGUUUUUUAUAUAGAAGCUGCAUAUAAAGUCGCUGAUUAUGGAAUGUGGGAACGUGGAGAUAAGACCAAUCAGGGCAUUCCAGAACUGAAUGCAAGCUCUGUAGGAAUGGCCAAGGCAGCCCUAGAGGCAAUUGACGAACUGGACCUUUUUGGAGCCCAUGGAGGUCGCAAGUCCGUGAUCCACGUUCUGCCCGAUGAGGUCGAACACUGCCAGUCUAUUCUGUUCUCCAUGCUGCCAAGAGCAUCGACAUCUAAAGAGAUUGAUGCUGGACUUCUUUCCAUUAUUUCUUUCCCGGCCUUUGCAGUGGAAGAUGUGAACCUUGUGAAUGUGACCAAAAAUGAAAUUAUUUCCAAGCUCCAGGGGCGUUAUGGAUGCUGUCGCUUCCUUCGAGAUGGUUAUAAAACCCCAAGAGAGGACCCAAACCGAUUGCAUUAUGACCCUGCUGAACUCAAGCUCUUUGAAAACAUUGAAUGUGAAUGGCCUGUGUUCUGGACUUAUUUCAUAAUAGAUGGGGUCUUCAACGGUGAUGCUGUUCAGGUCCAAGAAUACCGAGAGGCCCUGGAGGGAAUAUUAAUCAGAGGCAAGAACGGGAUCCACCUGAUGCCUGAACUCUACGCCGUGCCGCCUAACAAGGUAGAUGAAGAGUAUAAGAAUCCUCACACGGUGGACAGAGUUCCUCUGGGGAAGCUGCCCCAUCUGUGGGGUCAGUCCUUGUACAUCCUCAGCUCCCUGUUGGCAGAGGGAUUCCUUGCCACUGGUGAAAUUGAUCCCUUAAAUAGAAGAUUUUCCACUUCCGUCAAACCUGAUGUCGUAGUACAAGUGACUGUUCUGGCAGAAAACAAGCACAUUAAGGAGUUGCUGAGGAAACAUGGGGUGAGCUUGCAGAGUAUUGCCGACAUUCAUCCAAUCCGAGUCCAGCCAGGCCGGAUUCUUAGUCACAUAUAUGCCAAGCUUGGACGGAAUAAGAAUAUGAAAUUGAGUGGGCGACCAUAUCGGCACAUCGGAGUCCUUGGAACAUCUAAAUUAUAUGUGAUUAGGAACCAAAUCUUUACUUUCACACCCCAGUUCACUGACCAGCAUCACUUCUACCUGGCCCUGGACAAUGAGAUGAUUGUGGAGAUGCUGAGGAUCGAGCUAGCCUACCUGUGCACCUGCUGGCGGAUGACGGGCAGACCCACGCUCACCUUCCCCAUCACCCAUACCAUGCUCACAAACGAUGGCUCAGAUAUUCAUUCUGCUGUUCUUUCUACAAUUCGAAAACUAGAGGAUGGAUAUUUUGGAGGAGCUAGAGUAAAAUUAGGGAGCCUUUCGGAAUUUCUCACCACCUCUUUCUACACGUAUCUGACCUUCCUGGAUCCAGACUGUGAUGAGAAGUUGUUUGACGAUACCAGUGAAGGGAGCUUCAGUCCUGAUAGUGAUUCAGAUUUGGGAGGAUAUUUCGAAGACAACUAUAAUCAAGAAAGCCAGGAUGAACUUGACCAGUAUAUCAACCACCUCCUGCAAAGCACAUCCUCGAAGUGCUAUCUGCCACCUCUUUGUAAGAAGACAGAGGACAGCCAUGUUUUCAGUGCCAUCUACUCCACUCGGGAUAUACUUUCCGUGAUGGCAAAAGCAAAGGGUUUGGAAAUUCCAUUUGUUCCCAUGGCUUUGCCGACUAAAGUCCUAAGUGCCCACCGUAAAUCGCUGAAUCUUGUUGACUGUCCUCAGCCACUCCUAAAAAAGGCCCCGGAAGAUGACUUCCAGUUUCCCAGAGAUGACCACGGCAACAUAGACUGUGAGAAGCUGGCUGAGCAGCUGAAAGACUGUUCAAACCUACAGGACCAAGCGGACAUUCUGUACAUUCUGUAUGUAAUAAAACAGAAGACGACGCAGCCCUCUCGGGGUCCCAGCUGGGACACAAAUCUCUCUGGACAGCACGGGGUCACUGUUCACAACCUCCUCAGUGAGCUCUAUGGAAAAGCCGGCUUGAACCAGGAGUGGGGUCUGAUCCGCUACAUCUCUGGCCUACUCAAGAAGAAAGUGGAAGUCCUGGCUGAGGCCUGCACGGACCUGCUGUCACACCAGAAGCAGCUCACGGUGGGCCUGCCGCCAGAACCCCGGGAGAAGACCAUCUCUGCACACUGUCACUCGAGCACUUCCAGCAGGAAAAUGAGGAUAUUCCAUAGAGGACUAGGAGGCAUCUUUCGUGGUGUUUGUGUCCUGAUGCUCCUUCCUAGGCCUCUUCCCCCCGAGGAGCUCACAGAACUCAUCUACGAAGCCAGCGGGCAGGACAUCAGCAUCGCCGUGCUCACACAGGAGAUUGUGGUUUACCUGGCGAUGUAUGUCAGGGCACAGCCCAGCCUCUUCGUGGAGAUGCUCAGACUCCGGAUUGGACUCAUCAUUCAGGUGAUGGCCACGGAGCUGGCGCGGAGCCUGAACUGUUCAGGAGAAGAAGCUUCUGAAAGUUUGAUGAACCUCAGCCCUUUCGAUAUGAAAAAUCUCCUACACCAUAUUUUAAGUGGAAAGGAGUUUGGUGUUGAAAGAAGCGUGCGGCCUAUCCAUUCCUCCACAUCCAGCCCUGCCAUCUCCAUCCAUGAGGUGGGACAUACUGGAGUCACCAAAACCGAGAGGAGUGGCAUCAACAGGCUGAGGAGUGAGAUGAAACAGAUGACUAGGCGAUUUAGUGCUGAUGAACAGCUCUUUUCUGUGAGCCAGGCCCCAUCCGGCAGCGCACACUCCUCCAAGUCUGUGAGGUCCAGCACCCCAUCCUCACCCACGGGCACGUCAUCGUCAGACUCAGGUGGGCAUCACAUCGGCUGGGGGGAGCAGCAGGGCCAGUGGCUGCGCAGGAGAAGGCUGGACGGGGCCAUCAACAGAGUCCCCGUGGGAUUUUACCAGAAGGUGUGGCAGAUCCUUCAGAAGUGUCACGGUCUGUCCAUCGACGGUUAUGUGCUCCCAUCCUCGACGACGCGAGAGAUGACCCCACAGGAGAUCAAGUUUGCUGUCCACGUUGAGUCGGUGCUGAACCGAGUGCCGCAGCCUGAGUACCGGCAGCUGCUGGUGGAGGCCAUCAUGGUGCUGACGCUGCUCUCGGACACGGAGAUGAACAGCAUUGGGGGCAUCAUCCAUGUGGACCAGAUCGUGCACACGGCCAACCAGCUGUUCCUGCAGGACCAGAUGUCGAUCGGUGCCACGGACACGCUGGAGAAGGACCAAGCCACGGGCAUUUGCCACUUCUUUUACGACAGUGCUCCCAGCGGGGCUUACGGGACAAUGACCUACCUAACGAAGGCGGUGGCUUCUCACCUGCAGGAAUUGCUGCCCAAUUCAGGCUGCCACAUGCAGUAGGGCCUCGGCGCUCUGAGCCCAAGAUCCCCUGUGCUGUCACAAAAGCAUUUCCCAUCAGCAGCCCUGGCAGGGAGGAGGUGGCAGUAACACACCUGAAAGCAGUAUACGUCCAAGCCGCAGAAUCCUGUGCCCGCCCCCGAGGAGCGCCCUGGGAUCAUCUUCUUACAUUCAUUUUGCUGGGAAGUUUGUCACAGCAUCUGGUCUCCUGGAGUCUGAGGAGGUAUCGGAAGUUGGUCUCCUCUUGUGAGUGCAGAGUGAAGUGAGAAGGCAGCUUAAACUGGCUUUCGCAGAGUUGCCGAACAGGCUCAGUGAGCUGGUGAUACAUCUUCCAGAUGAAAAGAUCCUUCCAGCAGCUGCGGACCUUGACCAGGGGCACAUCUUAACGGUACAGUCUGUCUGUGGGUCAAAAUGUGUAGCAAAUAGAACAACUCAUUGUGCAGAGGU